AUGUCAAAAGAGGCUUCUAUGUUCCAGGCUGGUGACUUGGUCACCAGCUCAGGUACAACCGACGAUCUGACUGUCCAAGAGCUCCCACUGCCAACAGACUUUCGCUGGGGUACCGCCACUGCAGCAUAUCAGGUCGAAGGGGGCGCAAACCAAGAUGGCAAAGGCCAAUCCAUCUGGGAUACCUACACACAUCUCGAGCCCCCGCGAACCAAUAACGGAGAGACUGGUGAUGUAGCAUGCGACCACUACAAUCGAGUGCCCGAGGACAUUGAGCUUAUGAAGGCUUGCGGCGUUGACGUUUAUCGCUUCUCACUAUCAUGGACACGUAUCAUUCCGCUCGGAGGCCGCAACGAUCCUAUCAACGAGAAGGGAAUAGCUUUCUAUAACGAUCUCAUCGACCGAUUGCUGGCGCACGGGAUUGAGCCUGUGGUGACAUUAUAUCAUUGGGAUGCACCACAGACUCUUUACGGUCGUUACAAGGCUUUUCUUAAUACCGAGGAGUUUGCUGCCGACUUUUGCAACUAUGCGCGAUUAUGCUUUGAGCGUUUUGGUGAUCGUGUCAAGAAAUGGAUCACAUUCAACGAGCCAUACAUCAUCUCCAUCUUUGGCCACGUCAACGGUACACUUGCCCCAGGCCAUCGUGCAGAAGACGGUUUCGACACCAAGAAUGAGCCAUGGCGCGUCGGCCAUACGCUGAUCAUAUCGCAUGCUGUUGCUGUUCAGCUCUAUGCGAAGGAGUUCAAGCCUGCGCAACAGGGGGAGAUCUCUAUCGUGCUGAAUAGCCAUUUCUACGAGCCAUACUCCGAUACCCAAGCCGAUAUGGAUGCGGCGCAACGAAGACUUGAGUUCUAUGUCGGAUGGUUUGGCGAUCCCAUUUUCCUUGGAGAAGAUUAUCCCGUCUCGAUGCGAAACUACCUAGGUGACAGAAUCCCCCAUUUCAGCAUUGAGGAGCGCAACCUCCUUCGAGCGACAGCUCGUCUUAAUACCUUCUAUGGCAUGAACCAUUACUCGACAAAGUUCGCCCGCGCUCUCCCCGAUCUUCCCUCCGAAGACGACUGGACAGGCAAUAUUGAGGAGGGAGCAGUCAACGGAGCAGGACAGGAAAUAGGGCCCGUAUCCCAGUUCCAAUGGCUCCGUGUCGCACCCAAUGGCUUCCGUAAGUUGUUGAACUGGGUCUGGAAUCGAUACCAUCUUCCUAUCAUCGUCACGGAAAACGGAUGCCCAUGCCCUGGAGAACAAGAUCUAAAGGUAGCAAUUGACGACCAGUUUCGCCAGAGAUAUUUCGGUUUGUAUCUGGAUGCUAUCUCGCGAGCUGUAUAUGACGACGGCAUUCCCGUUAAAGGCUACUACGUUUGGACGCUCAUGGAUAACUUUGAAUGGUCAGCUGGAUAUCAGCCGAAAUUCGGUAUUGUUCAUGUUGACUUUGAAAAUGGCCUGACCCGCACUCCCAAGAACUCGGCAACAUACCUACGUGAGACUUUCCAGAGAAGGAGGCAGAACUAG